AACUCCCUACAUUGACCCGAAUAGGAAUAAAAUCAAAAGAAAAAAAAAAAAUAAAAAAGAGAAGAAAAGAUACUUUUUCGAUAUUUUCGAUACUUUUUCUUGCUUCGAUUGAGCAAAAUUCGUUUGUUUUAUUUUUUCUGUUGAUAGAUUUGAAGUCCUGUGCUGAAUAAAAGGGGGAGACGAAAAAAGAUGUUUCUUUUGGAUUGGUUUUAUGGGAUAUUAGCAUCUUUGGGUUUGUACCAGAAAGAGGCCAAGAUUCUGUUUCUGGGUCUGGAUAAUGCGGGGAAAACUACUUUGCUCCAUAUGCUAAAAGAUGAGAGGCUGGUUCAACACCAACCAACUCAGUAUCCGACAUCUGAAGAAUUGAGUAUUGGGAAAAUUAAGUUCAAAGCUUUCGAUUUGGGUGGUCACCAGAUUGCUCGAAGGGUCUGGAGAGAUUAUUACGCGAAGGUUGAUGCCGUGGUGUAUCUUGUGGACGCUUAUGACAAGGAAAGAUUUGCCGAGUCGAAAAAAGAGCUCGAUGCUCUUCUAUCAGACGAUUCCUUAGCAAAUGUCCCCUUUCUCAUACUCGGAAACAAGAUUGAUCUGCCGUAUGCAGCCUCAGAGGACGAGCUGCGCUACUACAUGGGCCUAAUGGAUCUGACCACAGGUAAGGGCAAAAUCGACCUUUCCAACAGUAAUGUCCGCCCGCUCGAGGUCUUCAUGUGCAGCAUUGUACGGAAAAUGGGCUACGGCGAGGGCUUCAGGUGGAUGUCUCAGUACAUUUAGUAGAGUUGUGGAAAAUUUUUCAUUCACUGUUUUUUCAUCACUGGCCAUGUGAAAUAUCUUUUGUGUGUUAAGUUGAUGAAGACUUUUGUUUUUGCAAUGACUAAAGUAUAGUGUGGGGGUGUUUUCAGGCAAUUGUUUUGUGUGCUUGGNAUGUGAUU